AAUGUAUGCCGCGCUUGUGCGCUCGUCCGAGACGGCACCCACCAUGAUGACAACGGUGAGUGUGUAUAAAACGCCCAGCCGCCCCAGCAGAGGACAUCAUUCAAUUGUGAUCACCUGCCUUGAACACACACAUCAAGCACGGAAAGGUUAACAUGAAGGCGUUUUUGGCAAUUCUCGUGACCGUGGCCAUGGUUUCAUGUGCCGCAGCAUCCAGCCGUAGGAACAUCCGAAGCAUCAGCGAGCAUGGAUCGCAGCAGCCAGGAUACAACAAUCACGUGCAGGAGCAGCAGCAUGGGCAACAUCAGCCAGAGCAGCAGUACUAUGUGAUGUACCAGCAUGAAGAUAACCAACAUUACGAUCAUCAUGAAGAGCAGUCCUCCAAGGGGAAGUGGUCUCAACCGGACGAAGCCCUGAACGCGGCCCAAGAAUACCAGCACUACAUCCAGCAACAGCAUCAGUGGGAAUCGCAUAAGCUGCAUCCCGAAGCUGGAAACGAAGCUCACCACCACCAUGAGGAACCUCAGUACGUCCACCAGGAGCAACAACACCAACAUCAGCAUCACCACCAACAACAGCAACAGCCGCAGCCAAUUCAGUACAGCAAGAUCAAGUACCAUUACGCUCAGCUGCAGCAGCAACCUCAACAUAUCCAGCAUCAAGAGCAGCAGCACCACGAGCAGCCCCAAUACGUCUGGGAACAGCCUGAGCAGCAGCAGCAUCACCACAUCGAGAAGCACGUUGUGACCCAGAAGGUGCCCUACCCGGUUGAAGUUUCGAAGCACGUCGCAGUUCCCGUGAACGUUCCCUACCCAGUCCCAGUGGAAAAGCAGAUUCCCCACGUGAUCGAAAAGCAGGUUCCCGUGUACGUAGAGAAGCACGUUCCAUACCACGUCGAACGGCAAGUGCCCUACCCGGUCAAGGUCCCGGUUGAGGGUCCAGUCCAUAAGGACAUCAACGUAGUUCGCGUCCCGAAGCCAAUCGCAGUUCAUGUCGAGAAGCCUUAUCCAGUGUACGUGGAUCAUCCGGUGUACGUGGAAAAGCCCGUCCCGGUGCAGGUGUUCAUUAUGAAGCAGAAGAAGAAGUCCUUCUUUGGCUUUUAGAUUGAUAAGUUUAGGCUAAGCUUGAUAGCUUUCAUUGUUGUUAGAUGUGUAGCUUGUUAAUAUACCUUAGGAUGUAGAUAAAUUAUUUAUAUUGUCAUAAAUAAUAAAUGCGCCUUUACUUAAUUUCCUACUGAAAAUAAGUUU